AUGACUCCACGUGUUUCAGAAUCAAUCAAGGCGGACCGAGACAACAUCUACGUCCGCUCAGCGUUCAAUUACGUUGAUGCGAUCAACAAGGCAAUUCCAGAGCUGACUCAGACCUCACUCGAGCGGGUGCGAGACUGCAUGAACAAACAAGCAUUUGUAGAGCUAGCACCCUCAAGCAUGACUCCACCGGGAAAGGAAGACAACAUCAAUAGCGCUGACGAACAUGUUGCUUUUAUCGGACUGAUGCGUGGCCUGAUCAAAGAGGCCAAUAUAGAAAUCUUUGACUGGGUUUACGCCGCUGGCCCUCGCGUGAUCUUGCAAGCCAAAGCGAAUGGCCGGUCUCACCACGGCCAACCAUAUGUCAACGAUGUCGUUUUCUUCAUGGACUUCGUUGACGUCAACGAUGCUGCUGUGGACGAGUUCACUGAAUUCCACAAGCAGGAAAAGCAUCAGGAUCGAGCCGGGCUGCCCAAAUUGACUUUCAUACGUGAAUACAUCGACUCGGCAUUUUUCAAGGGCUACAUGGAUGAAGAACUGAAGCGCGCGAAAAGCAACAACGUGCCCUCCACAUAG